AUGCAGAUCUUCGUGAAGAGCCUCACCGGCAAGACUAUCACCCUUGAGGUGGAGUCCUCUGACACCAUCGACAAUGGUAAGGCAAAGAUCCAGGACAAGGAGGGCAUCCCGCCGGAUCAGCAGCGCCUGAUCUUCGCCGGCAAGCAGCUCGAGGACGGCCGCACGCUCGCCGAUUACAACAUUCAGAAGGAGUCCACUCUGCACCUGGUGCUCCGCCUCCGUGGCGGCUCCGGCGGCCAUGGACCUGUGCCCUCCUCCGGUGUCCAUGGUUGGCCAGAGCGGUUAUCUACAAAUGUGCCGAGACGCUUCGUUUAUGGUCUUAUCUACAACGAGUGA